AUGGCGUCGGCUGAGGCUUCCUGCUACACUAUCAUCUAUGAGGACAGCUCCGAGACGCCGUCUACUCAGGACCUCAGGACCGCCCUUCAGAAGGGUUCUGACGAGGUCAAGCUAGACACGCUACGCAAGAUCAUCGUCUCGACAAUUAAUGGGAACCAUCAGCCGCAACUGCUCAUGCCCAUCAUCCAAUAUGUCAUGCCGUCGCGGAAUAAGCAGCUCAAGAAGUUGCUACACUUCUACUGGGAAGUGUGCCCGAAGUAUGACGACAACGGUAAGCUGAAGCAGGAGAUGAUUCUUGUCGUUAACGCGAUCCGGAAUGACCUUCAACACCCGAACGAGUACAUCCGAGGCGCGACACUUCGCUUCCUUCAGAAAAUCUCCAAGGAGGCAGAACUCCUCGAGCCGCUGAUCCCCACAUGCCGCGCAUGCCUCGAGCACAGGCACUCUUACGUCCGCAAGAACGCCGUCUUUGCUAUCUACUCCAUCUACCGCCAAUUCGAGCACCUGAUACCCGAUGCCCCGGAGCUCAUACAGACUUUCCUCGCUGCGGAGUCGGACGCGACGUGCAAGCGGAACGCGUUCGUGUUCCUCGCAAACUGUGCAAUGCCAAAGGCCGUGGAGUAUAUCGUCCAGGUGUUCGAUCAAAUCCCAGCCAUGGACGAGCUGUUGCAGAUGAGUAUCAUUGAGGUCAUCCGGCUCGACUGCAAGAAAGAGAGCCAUUACAGGUCUCGGUACAUCUUGCUGAUAUCUGAGCUGCUGAACGCGUCCUCGCAUGCUGUCAAAUACGAAGCUGCGACAACCUUGACUAAUCUCACUCAGAAUCCUGCUGCUAUCAAAGCCGCCGCACACUGCUACAUUCAACUCGUUCUGAAGGAGUCGGACAACAAUGCGAAACUCAUUGUCCUCGACCGCCUGGACACGCUGCGCGCGAAACACGGUCAUGUCUUGGACCCACUUACUAUGGACAUCCUGCAAAUUCUGUCCAGCGCCGACCUCGAUGUUCGCCGGAAGGCGAUCAACAUUGUGCUCAACAUGGUCACGAGCAGGAAUGUCGAGGAGGUUGUUCUCUUCUUCAAAAAGCAGCUGCAGAAAACGCAAGAGCAGGACUUUGACAAGGCACCAGAGUACCGACAGCUCCUCAUUCAGUCCAUCCACGUUUGCGCUGUCAAAUUCUCAGAGGUAGCUGCGAGCGUGGUCCAUGCCCUCAUGGAUUUCCUCGGAGACUCUAACAAUCCUUCUGCCCUCGAUGUUGUCGCCUUUGUCAGAGAGGUGGUCGAGAAAUUCCCGCCCUUGCGUACUGCCAUCUGCGAGAAGCUCACGCAGACCCUCGGGGACAUCAAGUCUGGGAAGGUGUACCGCGGGGUGCUUUGGAUCCUCGGCGAGUACACAGAGGGCGCGUCCGGAAUCCAGGAAGUCUUCCGCGAGCUGCGCAAGGUGCUUGGCGAGAUUCCCAUUGUAGCGUCCGAGCAGCGGCUCCUGGAAGAGGCAGGCGGUGAAGAGGAGAAGAAGGAGGAGGAAGAAAGCCAGCCGAAAGCCGAGUCUACGAAGCCGCGCGUGCUCGCCGACGGGACGUAUGCGACGGAAACGGCGUUCACAAGUGUGUCGAACGCGCGGUUAGAGGCUGUGAAGGCUGCUGCGAAGCCGCCUCUCCGAACUCUGAUUCUUGGCGGCGACUUCUUCACUGGCGCGGUGCUGGCCUCGUCUUUGACCAAGCUUGUGCUGAGGUACAUAGAAGUUAGCAAUGACCUGAAGAAAGCCAAUAUGAUAAAGGCGGAGGCUAUGCUGAUCAUGGCUUCCGUCAUUCGCGUUGGGCAAUCCAAGUUCGUCUCCGUCCCGAUUGACGAGGAUUCAAACGAGCGGAUCAUGAACUGCAUUCAGACGCUCAGUGAGCUGCAGGAGAAGCCUAUUGUACAUGACAUCUUCUUGAAUGAUACCCGGUCUGCGUACUCCAAGAUGCUGCAAGCACAGGAGAAAAAGGCCGCAGAGAAGAAGGAGCAGGAGUCUGCGAAGGUGAAGAUCGUGCAGGUCGACGAUCUUCUGACCUUCCGUCAGUUCUCAAAGAAGCCAGCGGACGAUAUGAUCGACGAUGCCGAAGAUGUCGGUCGUGCGACAGGCUCAAGCGAAGUGCAGGAGGACUUCAUCUCUAACCUCAGCCGCAUCACACAGCUCACUGGCUUCUCGGACCCCAUAUAUGCGGAGGCAUAUGUCAAGGUCCAUGGAUUCGAUAUCCUUCUCGACGUACUAUUGGUCAACCAGACCGCUGACACAUUGCAAAACCUGUGCCUGGACUUUGCGACAUUGGGCGACCUGAAGCUGGUGGAGCGACCUUCUGUCUACACCGUUGCUCCGCAUAGCUUCCAGAGCAUCAAGGCAACGAUAAAGGUAUCCUCAACAGAAACUGGUGUUAUCUUUGGCAGCAUUCUCUGGGAAGGCCCAGGCAUGUCAGAACAAUGCGUCAUCUUGAACGAUAUCCACAUCGACAUCAUGGACUACAUCAAGCCUGCAUACUGCACCGAGGCGCAGUUCCGGAGCAUGUGGACAGAGUUCGAAUGGGAGAACAGGGUUAAUGUGUCAACGUCUAUUUCCGACCCACGGGAGUACCUGCAACAUGUCAUGAAGUCGACCAAUAUGUCAUGUUUGACGCCCGAGGGCGCUGUGUCCGGCGACUGCGACUUCCUGUCAGCGAACAUGUACGCGCGAAGUCUCUUCGGCGAGGACGCUCUGGCGAAUCUGAGUGUGGAACGAACGGAGGCAGGGACUAUCAUUGGACAUGUGCGGAUCAGAAGCAAGACCCAGGGCAUCGCGCUGUCCCUGGGAGACCGGAUAACGAUGGCUCAAAAAGACAACAAGCCGCCAGCGUAGGGGUGCGCCCUCUGUGUGCCUGAGCUCGAUGUAUUUAUGGCUGGUAGAUAACCCUGGACACAACGUUU